AUGAGCAGCUCCUCCCUCGCCGUCUUCUCAAGACGGCUUGGUCCUCGCCAAUGGACCUGUAUGACCUGCAAGAGCCAGCUGCCGCCGUUUGUCAAGCCGACGACUGCGCGGUUUGGCGCCGCCCGUCGCUUCGCCUCAGCCUCAGGCAAGAAUGGCUCGUCGCAACAGUCGCCGCCGCGCCGGCCGCGCAGGGCUCUCUUGUUCGCGUCGACCAGCGCGGCCGUCGGCGGCGUCACCGCGCUAGCCUUCAUCGACGACAUCAAGGGCGCCUACGAGGCUGCAGAGCGCAGCGGUCGCGUCGUCGCCGGCCUCGCCAUCUGCAUCAACGACUACCGCACCACGCUCAACCAGAGAGCGCUGAUGGAAAGCGAUGACGAAAAGGAGGUCGUCCUCAAGGCAUGCCACAAGCGCUGCGCCGAGCGCACCUUGAAGGUGCUCGAAAAGAAUGGCGGCAUAUUCAUCAAGCUCGGACAGCACCUUAGUGCCAUGAACUACCUCUUGCCCUCCGAGUGGACCACCACCUUCAUCCCGCUGCAGGACAAGUGCCCCGUCUCGUCGUACGAGGCGAUCGAAGAAAUGUACAAGUCCGACACCGGCGAGGACCUGAUGGCCUACUUCUCCGCCUUCUCGCACGAGCCCAUCGGUGCAGCCUCGCUCGCGCAGGUGCAUCUGGCGACGAUCCGCGCCACUGGGCAGGAGGUCGCCGUCAAGGUGCAGCACCCGGAGCUGCAGGCGUGGGCGCCGCUGGACCUCGCGCUGACGCGGUACACGUUCCGCACGCUGAAGCGCUUCUUCCCCGAGUACGACCUUGAGUGGCUAUCAUCCGAGAUGGAGGUGUCGCUACCGCGCGAGCUCGACUUCCAGGAGGAGGCCGUCAACGCGCGCUCGAUGCGCGACCACUUCGCCCGAAUCCCGCACCUGCCGCUCGUCGUGCCCGAGGUGGUGUGGGCGCGCCGCCGCAUCAUCGUCAUGGCGUGCGAGGCGGGCCACCGUCCGGACGACCUCGCGUACCUGGACGCGCACGGCAUCGACCGCGACGAGGUGUCGGCCGCGCUGGCGCGGAUCUUCAACGAGAUGAUCUUUGGCGACGGCGCGCCGCUGCACUGCGACCCGCACGGCGGCAACCUCGCGAUCCGCAAGAACGACAGCGCGCCGGCCGGCCGCGGCAUCCUCGAGCUGCUCCGCCUCCGCCGCCGCCGCCCCAACUUCGACGUCAUCCUCUACGACCACGGGCUGUACCGUGAGAUCCCGCUCGCGCUGCGGCGCUCGUACGCCAAGAUGUGGCUCGCCGUCAUCGACGGCGACAUGGACCGCAUGCGGCGGUACGCGCGAGAGGUCGCCGGCGUCACCGACGAGGACUUCCCGCUCUUCGCGUCCGCCAUCACGGGACGCGACUACCGCGUGCUCGCCACGCAGGGGUCGGUGCUGCGCGCGCGCACCGGCGACGAGGAGGCCGCCAUGUCCACCUCGCUGCAGGAGGGGCUCAUCGUCGACCUGGUCCGCCUGCUCGGCCGCGUGCCCCGCAUCAUCCUGCUCAUCCUCAAGACCAACGACCUGACGCGCAGCCUCGACGAGAACCUGCACACCCGCCAGGGGCCCGCCCGCACCUUUCUGAUCCUCGCCCGCUACUGCACCCGCACCGUCUUCUACGAGCAGCUCGACGAGGUGCGCGCGCGCGGCGGGUCGCUGCUCUGGCCGGCCAACGCGGUGCGCGUCGUGUGGGCGUGGGCGUCGCUGGUCAGGGUCGAGGUCAAGCUAGAGAUGUUUGAGCUCUGGCUGAGCGUAAAGCGCCUGCUGGGGAUGAAGAGCGGCGUGGGCGCGCUGCAGUAA